AUGUUCUUUUAUGAGAGAACAGUGCCAGCAUUAGCGGGUAUCUCUGGAUCCAUAUUCUGGAACAUAUUUGUGCUACAACUCAGCCAGCACGAGAAAUCUGUUUGGCAUGCUAUAAUUGCUUUGGGGUCGCUGCAUGAAAAGUUCGUUGAGAAGGAGCAGAAUCUCACAGGGCUAGGCUUUUUACGGCAUGAACUGGAUGCGUUUACUAUUCAUGAAUACUCGACCGCGAUCAGGGCCUUUUUGAAACCGUCUGGUAUGACGAACGAUAAGAUCACAGCCGCCGGCGGCUUUGGAAAUAUCACUGUGGAUGUGUGUUUGAUAUCUUGCAUUUUGUUUACAUGUUUUGAGAUCCUCUCCGGUCACUAUACCUCCGCUGUCAAUCACAUUCGAAGUGGUAUCAAAAUCCUCCGAGAUGUCUAUUACGAUGCUCGGUGUGGAAUCUUUCGGCAUCCACAUUUGCUUCCUUCUACGGUGUCAAGCCUUGAAAUAAAAAGUAUUCGCGGGAUCUUCAUAUAUCUGCACAUGCAAGCUUCGACCUUGACUCGUGUCGAGGAGGUUCAUGUUCCAGCACAUCGACCUCUUGAAGUACCCGAGACAGCACUCAACUUCCCAUCAGAUUUUCCAGAAUCCUUCAACUCCAUAUCGGAAGCAGCCAACAGCCUCUCUGCACUCAAGCGCAGUUACAUCAUACACUAUCGCAACAUUAUGCAAGCUGUAUCAAUUGGCAAGGCCCCUGAGAUAUCUGAAUAUCUAUUCCAACAAAUCGGACUAUCCUUUCCUCGAUGGUGCGCCGCUUUUUCCCGGUUCGAAGAGUCACGAAGGCACUUGUCUGCUGGAGAACAGAUUGGGAUAAAGAUUGUAAGGAUUCACCAACUGCAUAUGGUGAUGUAUUACGAGUACGCGAGGGCGAACGAAAGGGCUAUUCAUAGGAACGAACGGUCUCUGUUUUCCUGGGACGACUACAAUAACCAGUUCGCUGAGAUUGUUACCUUGACGGGUUCGGUGGUUAAGAUUGCCCAGAUUUUAUCGGAAGGCAAUCCAAUUCCAAUACAACCAUUCUUCUGUCUUGAUGACGGUAUACUAGCGCCGCUGUAUGAAGUUGCUACCCUCUGCCGCGACCCAGUGAUUCGUCGAAGAGCAGUAAGCAUCCUGCGUUCGGCGCCGCUCCAAGAAGGCCUGUUUAAUAGCCAUCUCCUCGCGAUGGCAGCUGAGAAAGCCAUCGCCAUCGAGGAAGCGGCAGCAGCAGCAGCCGGUAGUUCUGCCGGCGGCGAAGGUGCUGUUCUGGACUAUAGCUGUAUUAUCGAAGCUGAAUCCAAAACACAAAUUCCUGAAACCGCAAGGGUGAUUACCCAAAGCUCCCAAGUCCCCGAUUCUGUGCGCCUAGUCUAUGCAUUUCCGAAAUUCGACUUGGUUGGAAAGAAGCUCUCCUUGACGAUUGGACCGUCGACGAAGAGGGAGGUUGAUAUUCCGUGGCCGGCGUUGGACUUUUUGGUUGAUGCUGGGAGAUGA